AUGGCCGACCCUCCUCCAGUGCCCACCAGCAAGUCUCCCUUCGGGAGCUCUAAAUCAUCUUCUGGGCUGGCUGGCUUGUCCAGUGCAAGAGUUGGAGCUGGUUCUCCUCUGCACGAUCAAGCCUCACGACUCUUCCCCAAACGGACCCGCGAACUACAAUCUCAGGCUGGUCUCGCCCCGAACAUCUGGGGACCUCCCACCAGCGGCACCUCCACGCCUCUCUUUGAGAUUCCGGAGUCUCCUAACCAAGAUGGCUUCCCCGAUCUGGUGCCGCUCACAGAGACUGGAAUCAACAGCCCGGCCCGCCGAGGUCGUGCAGGCACUCUUCCUUCGCGAAUUUCGCCAGUUGGGACGGUGAACGGUGUUAACGUCCUGACCUCCAAAACGUCUCGUCCAACGCCGUCGACCAGUCCUUUCCGGCCUGGAUCCACUUCCGCCGCCGAAACUGCGUUCUACUCGACUUCUUCCAACCAAGCCAAUCCGGCCACGUCGGCACUCUUGUCCAGACUUCGUGCGGGAAGCAUGCCUCAGCGGGCUAGUCUGCUUGGCAACUCAGGUGCCUUCGGCUCAAGCACCUUUAGUACCGGCUGGGGAACAAGAACACGCGCUGCCACCUUAACCAGCAUCAGUUCCGCCGAGGACCCCACGUCGCCUCAGCCAUCAGGAUAUUCCAAAGACGGCAUGUCCGACUCGGGGGUACGGACCCUCGAUUAUCUUGGACUUGCGGAACCUCCCCACCAGUCAAGAUCUGAUGCGUUGCGUCAGGGUGCAAAUGAAAGUGGCCGUUCGCAUGAUACCAAUCUGCCAGACGUGUUAGGGUUUGGAAUGCGCAAUUCAAGCCGGUUCAGGUCCUUCUCGGUCAACACACAAUCUAAAUACCAAACCGAAAGCCAGGAAGGAAAUACCAGCUUUCCGUUGUUCCAAAGCGGCACCUUGACGCCCUCGGCGGCUGCAGCGCUGGAAGCCGAGUAUGAAAUGGUUCAGGAGAAGGUCCGCCUACACAACCAGGCAGUCCAGGCCUUUGCAGUGAACGCCAGUGCCGCGCGCCCCAGAGCUCGCACCGCUGGGCUCGUUGAAACACCUCAACGUACCUCGCUCCGAAAUUUCGUCCAGCAACCUGCGGAUAGCGUCGACAUGGGUUUUGAUAUGCAGGCCUCAGAUAUGCUAGAGCCAUCGAGCCUCACAGACUCGUUGCAGCAUCUGACGAUUGGCGAAAAUAUGCCCUUGGGCUUUGAGGGUCUGGACGACCCUGACGUGCAAAUCUCUCGGUCUCUUUGGAUCGGUUCUAUUCCGAAUUCAACAACCAUGUCCUCGCUGGACGCCAUCUUCAGUCGUUAUGGCGCUAUAGAGUCGACGAGAGUGCUCACACACAAAAACUGCGGUUUCGUCAACUUUGAAUCUGUCGAGCAUGCCGUGCGUGCCCGCCAGUUGCUCAACGGAAAGGAAAUCUUCCCCGGAGCUGGACCCGUUAGAAUCGGGUUUGCUAAGGCUCCGAAUGCGUCGGUGUCCAUCACCCCUGUACAGAAUGCCACACCUCCUCCAGGAUCUAACAACGGCAAUGCUGAAGCAGGACCCUCACAGCCUCACGAUACUUCUGGCAGUCCCACCGGCUCUCUGCAUGCCCAGGGCACUCUAAAUCUGCCGGCUGCAGACAGGCUGACAGAGCUGCAGCCGGACAUCCUACAGAUCGUGCUCGAUUUUGGCGGCCCACAAUCGGAUCUGGCGGGGAUUUCUGCUAACAUUGAGAGCGCCAUUAGCUUCAAUCGCUUUGAGAAGGAAAUUCCCCCCAUUCCAGAGCCAAGCGCUACAAGGAUGUACGAUGCUCCUAGACUACGGGACAUCCGUAAAAGGAUCGAUAAUGGCGCUUGUGGAUUGCAAGAGAUCGAACAGAUUGCCAUCGACAUGCUUCCUGAGAUUGCCGAGUUGUCAUCGGACUAUCUAGGCAACACCGUUGUGCAGAAGCUCUUUGAAUAUUGUUCUGAGCAGACCAAAGAGCAGAUGUUGACGCGCAUUGCUCCCCAUCUUGCAGAAAUUGGAGUUCACAAGAACGGUACAUGGGCCGCUCAAAAGAUCAUUGAAGUCAGCAAGACUGAGACCCAAAUCCAACUGAUCGUCGACACCCUACGUCCAUACACAGUACCUCUUUUCCUCGAUCAAUACGGCAAUUAUGUGCUGCAAUGCUGCCUUCGCUUUGGGCCACCUUUUAACGACUUCAUCUUCGAGACUAUGCUCAGCCAGCUUUGGGAAAUUGCUCAGGGUCGAUUCGGAGCCAGGGCAAUGCGGGCCUGUCUGGAAGCUCACCACGCCACCAAAAGUCAGCAACGUCUGAUGGCCGCAGCGAUUGCUCUGCAUAGUGUUCAACUCGCUCAAAACGCCAAUGGAGCGUUGUUGUUGACCUGGCUGCUUGAUACCUGUACCUUCCCGCACAGACGCUCAGUUCUGGCCCCGAGGUUGAUCCCCCAUCUUGUGCAGCUCUGCACCCACAAAGUGGCGUAUCUCACUGUGCUCAAGGUCAUCAACCAGCGAAAUGAGCCCGAAGCCAGGGACAUGGUACUGAAAGCUCUCUUCUUCAGCCCGAACGACACCGUGCUUGAACAGAUCUUGUGCGACCAGACUUCGGGGGUGACGCUGAUAUUCAAGAUCUUGACAACGCCUUUCCUUGACGAGAACAUGAGGCCAGACGUGGUCCAGAACGUCUCGAGGGUUCUGAGCAAGAUCAAGGCGCAGCCAAAUCAAGGCUACAAGAGGAUCAUGGACGAAGUUGGGCUAUCCUCGAGGCCCACUCAACCUGCAAUGCAGCAGUUUCCUGCGCAUGCGCACCCGGCGAAUGACCGCGCCCGCUCUAUGGCUCAAACUCAACAGCCACAGAUGCCUGCACAUGGCUUACCACAGCAGACCUUCCCCCAGCGUCAGUACAGUGGGACUUUCGUGCCCAGUGUCAACGGCAAUACCUUUGACAAUGGGAUAGGUCCGAUCAGGACUGGAUCAGCUGAUUCAUUCGGCUUCCCUCCGUACAAUAUGAAUGGUUUCCAAGCGCAACAACAAUACUCGCAGCUUCCUUACCAACAGAUGACGCCUCAAUCGCAGUACCAGGGUUUCCCUUCGACCGCCCCUCAACGGAACAACAGUGGAUACAUGCCAAAUGGGUACAACGGAUACGCAACGCCUCCUUCGGCCGUCGACCCUUUUCGCCCGAUGGCUAACCCAUCUUCCUCGCCCCUCUCGUUCUCUGCUCAGAUGAGUCCCGUUGUUGGCUCGAGUGGAUUUCCACCCCAAAACUUUCUGCAGCAGAACAUGCCAUCCAACAUGUACAAUUAUCCACAACAGCAAUAUUUUGUUUCAUCGCCGAUGCAGACCGUUUACUCGGGUGGCCGAGGUCGGAGAGGGUAA